AACUGAGUGCCAUUUAUUUUUUAGAUGCUUAAAGGUUCAACAUUAGAUGGUUAAGUAGAAACGUAGCUGAGAUUCCGCAGGGAAGCUAAGUUAGCUAACUUACUGUGCCACAUCGUCAAAAAGCGACACUGCAGCUACUGGUUUUAUUCUGUUUGUGUUGCGGGUUGACUUUGCGUAAUGCCACGAAGAGGCGCAGUCCUCCGUUUGCAAAACAUCGGUGGUCUAGAAGACGGGACUGAACCGAACUGACUGUCACAGCCUGCUUUCGUUUUCGAGUCCGCCAUGGCUCGGGAGGAGGAGGAGGAGGAGCUGACGUCCGGUGGACCCAAGGAGGUGGACGUGUUCACGUCCAUACGAUGCCUGGGCUAUCUGUCCAGUGUCGUCCUCCUCGUGGCGGUGUGCGUCGGCAUGUACGUACGCUGGGAGGUGACGAAUGAAAACAUGAUUCUGGUCAUCUUCAUCCUGGGUCUGUUUGUCCAGGGCAUAGCCAUCAUCCUCCAUUACUACUUCGCUAUGGAAAAGGCCAGCCUCAGCUUGUUCCAUUUGUGGAUUGGCUUUCUACUUGGUCUUCUCUGCUUCCUCAACAGCCCCGCCUUGGAUUCCAAUGUCAAGGAACUAGUUGCCAAUUAUCUCCUACUAGCUAGUGUAAUCAUGAAAACCGUAUGGGCUAUAACUGAGCGCAUAUGCAGCUCUGUCCGUUACAAACCCUCGUUGCUGACGUCAAUUGAGCUGCUGGAACUCCUGGGGUUUGGCAUCGCCAGCACCACCAUGCUUCUUCACAUUGCAGUGCCCAUAACAGGCUUAGCCGUGGGCCUAGGAGCUCUCAUUGUAGACUUGAGGAUGAAGUCCCUGCUGGCCCUGCCCAACGUGGUCACUUUUUCCUUGGUUACGUCGCUUGUGUUUUUCCAGGCUUUGGGCAUCACAGCCAACCCCUAUGCCUUAGGUUGCUACCUGGGCAGACUGCUAUGUGAGCCUUUAUUAGACGUGUACUUCAGUACACUGGGGCCUUGUGAGCGCUGGAUGCUAGUUCUGUCCAUGGGGAAGGCGUGGAGGAGGCUGUCACUGCUGCCAUUGUGUCUGAUUGAGAUGUCCUUCUUUAUUCUGGCUGCUUUAAAGCUGGGCCACCUGGAGCUGUGGUACCUGGUGAUUCCAGGCUUUUUCCUCUUUGGCUUGUUUUGGUCCAUCUGCCACAUAAUUCUACUCAUCACAAUUUGGGGCUUCCACACCAAGUUAAAUGAGUGUCAGAAGGAUUGGCGGGCCCAGCGAUCCAGUAGCCGGACUCUGGACCAAAUCAUGGCAUCCAGGGGCAUUCGACACUUCUGCCUUAUUUCAGAGCGACUAGUCUUCUUUACUCUACUGUCAAGUGUCAUACUAGCAGCCGUGUCCUGGCAGCGCUCCAACGGCCUCUUCCUCAGCGCCCUGCUGGUGGUGCUGCCUUUGGAGUCUCUGACCCACGGCUUGUUCCACGAGCUGGGCAGCUGCCUGGGAGGAACCUGUGUGGGCUACGCCUUGGUCAUACCCAACACUUACUGCAGCCCUGAUGGCCAGCCCGCCCUCCUGCCACCUGAGCAGGAGCAGCAGGUGAACCUGCGCUCCACGGGCAUGCUGAACAGCGUGCAGCGCCUCUUCUCCCACCACAUGAUCCAGACGUUCGGCUGCGACUACUCCACCAGCGGCUUCACCCUGGAGGCCAUGCAGACCAAGCUGCGGGACUUCCUGGAGCGGCGCACCGCAGACGGGCCGCGCCACGACACCUACCUGAUGUUCUACAGCGGCCCGACAUACAAGGGCACCGGAUCCUGGGCUCUGGCAGGAGGGGAGAGACUCCACCUGGCGCAGCUGCUGGAGCUGUGGAAGGAGAAGAACGCCGGCCACUGCUCCCGCCUCAUCCUCAUACUGGACACGGAGAACUCCCUUCCCUGGGUGAAGGAGGUGAGGCGGCUCGACGGCGUUCACGUGGCCGUGCAGGGCGCCGAGCUGCUGCCGAUGGGGAUGGACCUGGAGACCGGAGGCGCCCCCCUUUUGGGGGAUUUCACUUCCGAGUGGGUGGAGUUCAACUGCAACCCGCGCAGCGACACCCAGUGGUCAGAGAGGGGGCGGGCUGUCAUGGCCGUCUACGGCGUUUCUAAGCGCUGGAGUGACUACGCGCUUCACCUGCCCACCGGGAGCGACGUGGCCAAGCACUGGAAGACCCACUUCCCCAAGGCUACGUACCCGAUGGUGCACCUGUCCAACUGGUGCUGCGGUCUCAACCUGUUCUGGCUGUGCAGCGUGUGUCUGCGCUGCUUCCGGAGGUGCAAACUGGCGUGGUUCCCUCCCAGCGUCCUGGACACCGGGCAGGGCAUCAAGCUGGUGCAUUCGUAGCGCAGGUGUUUGCUAAUGUCUUCAUCCUGUUGCAUUUAGUUCUUUCAUAUGCAGAGUACUAAUCUAAAUUCUUUGUCUUAACAUUGCUCCAUUUUAUUGUAUUUUUAUUUAUUCCAUGCCCGAAUGUUACAUGGUGGUUUUGAAUAAUAUUUGCUAUUCUUUGCUUUUUUUUGUAACAUGCUAUAAAAGUGCCUUCUAUGAUUUUUUUGGUAACAUUCCUCUUUAGAAUACCUUUUUAUUUUUCUCUCUCACUCUCACUGUGAGGUCCUGAUUACACUUUGUUUAAAUAUGCAUGUGUUGCAGCAUUGAAGACAAAUGAAGAAAAACGCGAUGGGCAUGAAACGGUUUAUCAACGCCGUGAAGCCUCCUUUGUAUGUUUUGCUGUGAGACAGUAACUAAGCUCCCAUGGCUUUUUAUUGUGUUACGGCCCAUAGCGGCUGCUGUUGACCGUCGCCUUCCUUUGUGUAAUCUCACAUGGCUAAACGCUAGACCUGCCUUAAAGUGUAUUUCACCUUGACUUUACCUGUCCUACAGUAUCUAAUUCCCUUUGUGCCUUGUGGGUUAGGUCUUUGUAAUCAUCACUGAUUUUGGGUGAUCAACUACUAUGAUGCUACAUGAGAUGUGUAUAGUUGGGAAGAUGCUGUUAAUAAAGUUUGGUACAGUAUGUUGGAUAAGA